AUGGUCGAACUUAUUCCUCCCCCCGAUCCCCGAGACCUUCUCCCUCCGCUCUUGGCCUGUCUCCCCACAGCCUUCGUGUCGCCUCGUCCUCCCCCAGCUCUCCUGUCGCUUCUAUCGCCCAUCCUCCGUCAACGAGUACAAGUCUUCAGCUCCGUUUCCGCCUCUCCGACCGAAUCAUGGCUCCAGCUCCUGUGCUGGAAUGUCGGGAAGGCCGAGCGUCUGCAGGCACUGGUGGACGGCACAAACUUUGAGCCCCAUCCCGUGUCGGGCGAAAUUGAGUUACCCGGGGAAAUCCCGGUGACGUACAAACGGAUCGAUGAAGAAACUCUGCAGUCCCGGAUGCUACUGGCCGACUACAGUCUAAGUGUGGUUUACCUGUGGUGUCCGACCGAUCAAGAAGGUGGAGGACCCGGAUGGCGAGUCGCAGAGUUGCUCCCCGAGAAAGGCGAGGCCGAAGACGACAAGGAGUGGUCGAUUUCCAUCGGGGAGGCAAAUGCGCAGGCGAAGGAGCAGUUGAUGGAGGAUGCUCUCAGAUCCGCCGAGAAGCAUGAACAAGCCGCUGCUCAAACGGCAGAAGAGGAAGACGACGAUGAUGAUUACUGGGCCCAGUACGACGCUACGCCCGGCAGAACUCCCAAGGUCAAGACGCCGGCUCCCAACUCGCAGCGAGAGACCUCCGAAGCGGCAUACUUUUCUCGGUAUGCCGAAGUGCAGCCUGCGAUGGAUAACCAUGACCCGGAGGAGGAGCAACAAGCGCCGGGAGAUUCGUCCUUGAAUGGUGACAUGCUCGCUAGUCUUCUUCGGCGCCAAAUCAAUGAUUCGGAGACGGGGGAACCGGCACCUCCCAAUGGCGAUGGUCUCAACGGGCACAGUGCCAUGCCCUUGAACCACCCUCGACCGUCGUCCAUCUCGUCUGGGAGCUCUGACGCCGUCGCCAAGUUGGAAAGAGAGGCCGAAAGUCAGUCCGCGUGCGAGAUUGGAGUCAAGCAGCAUAUUGGCUCGAAUAUCAAGAGUUUAUUCCGCUUGGCGAAAGCUACGGGGAUCUCUCGAGCCGAAUUCCAAUCACUGGUGAAAACCGAACUGGACCUUUUGGAGGUAACCGACCGCGACUAA